AAAAUCUUCACACUGCAACACAUUCUUGCUCCAGAGAUUGUUCGAAGGUUCCUCUGCUCUAGCGAUUGCUUAAUGGCGGAUCAUAAAGAUCAACACUCAGAAGCAGAAGAUCCAAAUUCAGAGCCUAAGGAUCACGGUGAUGAUGAUAAAUUCAAGAAAAAGAAACUUGAAGAUCUCAAAAGAAAAGCCUUUUACUCUGUUCUCCUUGCUAUCAGAGCUGAACCAUUAAUAAUAGGAAACAAGAGGACUCCUCUCAUAGAGAAACUGAUGAAAGAGUUGAACAUUUCUCAAGAAACUCGCAUCUCUUUUGAGAAGAACAUUCAAGAAAAUCUUAUUGCCUAUUACCAAAGGGUUAUUUCAGAGUUGAAGGAAGCAGAAGCAAAGCCAUUGACCAUACCUGUAAGGAAGCCACCUCUGGUUCCUACUUAUGUUGCUGCACCUAGGUCAAGCUGGGGCAGAGUUAACCCCGAGGCUCUAGUUGGAAGACGGGUCAGUGUCAGAAUGUGUUGUGAAGAUGAGUUCGAAGAGUUUGUGAUCAAAGAGUAUAACGCAAAAGAUGAAACGCAUCACCUGGAGAGCGUAGACCCGGAUGCAAUGGAGAUGGAUGAAUUGUUAAGUUGGAUAGAUGUCAGAGAAGUUCCUACUGAUGAUAUUGUAUGGAGAGAUGGAGAAGCGCCACACUUUUAAACUCAUAGUGGAUUGGGUGCAGGGAAUGAAGAGGGAACCUUUUAGACUUUGUUACAGUUAUAUCACCCAAUAAAAGUCAAUAUGCACUUGUUUGAUUGACAUCUUUAGACUUUUGUUACAGUUACUAAGAACAGAGUUUUUUGGGGUAUUUUUGGCUGGAUUUAGAGAAGAAACGGGCCAGUGUUCAACGUUGAUUCCAGUAACUUGUUUUGUAAAAUAGUUGUCUUUACUUGCCUUGUAAGCAACUGUUUUUUUAGGAAUCUACUUGACUCUACAGAAGUUAGGAUUGGUUGAAAUAGCUCAGAACCUUCCCUCUUUUUCAGAGGGUUUUGUUCUGGCCAGCAGAUGGCUUUUCCUGCAUCAGUUUUUUAUUCUUGCUUGUUACUUCUCCUCGGUUCAGCUCUUCUCUUUCCAUUACAGGAAUCAGCGUUCACUGUCUCUAGUGCAGUUUCAGACGAAGAAGCUCUUUCCAUUCUCCUAAGAAAACUUGCAGCAUUCUCCUUUUUUGAGCCCACCAUUUGUGUUGUUA